GUGGAUUUCAUACAGGGAUGUAAUCUCUAGUUCAAAUGAGUUCUCUUUUUUCUCUGUGUGAGCAUGAUGCCUUUGACGUGUGUCCUCAGUCACAGAUUUGAGGAAGAGCUGUGGUUGGCCAAAGGGAUCUUGUGAUGAGAGGUGUAAAAUAGAGAUUCAAAGGUCUUGUGCAGAUCAUUUUUAGCUCGCUUGCAUCAUCCUGAAAAGUGAUGAAAGUUUUACUCUCAGACCAUGGACAACACUACAGUACUCGUGCAUCCAACACAUUCCAAAUGACUGGUCAUCCAUUGCUAGCGAGGCACACAGCAACCACACCAUCAUGUUCCUAUGCAAAGCCUAGAUAUGAAUGUAUGUUUUGAAGCAAUGCUUUGCGUAUCGUAAUAGAACAAACCUUAUUCCAGGCAUCUGGCCUCAGUCCUCAGCCAGAGGUAGGCUUCCUGUUGCACAGACUAGGCCCAUCACAUACAGUUCAUUCUGACUUACAGUUUUGGUGUGUGUAGAAAUGUAGGUUUAACUUUUGACACGAGUGCCCUGUUCAAAUACUAUGCUGAGGUCAGGGCUUGUGUUGCUGUUGACCUCACUGCUCGAGAAGAGGGAAGGGAGGAGGGAUGGAAGAAGAGAGAACGUGGGGGGAUGUGGGCAAGGGGAAGGACGGAUAAGGAGGGAGGAGACUGGGGCAAAGAAAGGAAGGGCCUGCCUAUAUAAAGAAGUCGAGUGCAGAGGGCGAGAGAAGAGAGAGGAGGACCUGUGUGACAGAGUGCCUGUGUGAAAACGUACAGAGAUCAGUGAGUAUGAAAGGGUGAAUGGUGAUGGGCCAUAUUUGUGUCAGGGAAGUGGACGGUGGAAUCGAAGAGUUUUGAAAUUGAACACGCAGACGCGCGCCGUUUUGUCUUGUGCGGGGGUAUGUUGAAUACUUUGAAUCAAAGUAUUGAAUUCUGAAGUAUUUUGGUAUGAUUGUGUGUUUCAACUUCUUUUGGCAUCUUAACUUCGUAUUUACGCUUCUUUGUAUGUUUAUGUUUUAUUUAGUUAUGUAUUGGUCCAGGUUGCACGAUACUGCAAGAAUUAUAAUCCAAAAAUAAUAGCGCUAAAAACAAUGUUUUUCUUGCCUCGCAGGUUAAGUGAAGCCAGUGAGAAAGCCUGCGGAGGAGAACUGAGGGACUGACAGUACUGUGUGCUGGGACAGCGCUGCGUGUGGUGUGUGUGCCUCACCAUCGUCUCGUGUGUGUGUGUGUUAGUGUGUGUGUGUUAGUGUGUGUGUGUUAGUGUGUGUGUGUUAGUGUGUGUGUGUUAGUGUGUGUGAGGGCAGCAUGCUGUGCGAGGGGGCGGCGGGGGUCCGGCGCUGGCUGACCCUGGUCACGGGCCUCAUGGAGUGCCUGUGUUUUGCCGGGGCUGUGUUCGGCUGGGCCUCCCUGGUCUUCGUGCUGAAGACGGAAGGCUACUUCAGCUACUUGUGUGUCAAUGCCACGGGCCUCAACGGCACACUGAUCACAGACUGCAGCGAGCAGGACGAACAGUUCUCGCUCAUCUUCACCAUUGCAUCCUUCAUGAACAACUUCUUGUUGCUGCCUAACGGCUUCCUGUUCGACCGCUUCGGUACCAUGGUGGCCAGACUUCUAGGAAUAUCUCUCUACACCACCGGGGCUGUUUUUGUGGCCUUCUCCAGUUCAGAGCUGGCCUUCCUCCUCUUCCCCGCUCUCUCCUUGAUUGCCGUGGGAGGCAUCCUGUUCCUGGUCACUAACAUGCAGGUAGGAAACCUGUUUGGGGCUCAUCGCUCCACCAUCAUCACCCUCUACAAUGGAGCCUUCGACUCCUCCUCUGCCCUCUUCCUCAUCAUCAAGCUGGUGUUUGAGGCGGGGGUGUCUCUCCGCGCGUCUUUCCUCUCCCUGGCGUCGUUUAGCGUCAUUCAUCUGCUCAGGACUUUCCUCCUUCUGCCCACGAAGCACAUCCCCUACCCUCUGCCAGAGGGCUACAGAUAUGGGAUGACCUGUGGCCAGAGCAAGACCUUCACCCCUGCGCGGGCCUCACCCGAUGGCAACAUUCAGAGCGACGCUGUCGACGAGCAAACCCCAAUGCAUAAGGAGAGCGCACCAACAAAAGACGAGCGGAGUUACAAGGACUGCGUGCUGUCCAAGUUCUUUGUGUUCCAUCUGCUGUGGCUCUCCGUCAUGCAGCUGAGGCACUAUCUGUUCAUCGGCACCCUCAACCCCAUGCUGCAGAGACUGACGCAGGGAGAGCCUUCGCUUGUGAGCACGUACAUCAACGCGUUUGCGCUCACACAGCUGUGCGGGGUCCUGUGUGCUCCCUGGAACGGCCUGAUCAUGGACCGUCUGAAAGGGAAGCCCCGCGCCUCGGGCGAGAGUGAGCACGAGGCGGACCUGCGUGCGUCCGUGCUCUCUCUGUUCCUGACGGCGCUGCAGUGCCUUCUGUUCUCCCUGUGUGCCUCCACGCCCCUGCUGCCCCUGCAGUACCUCACCUUCAUCCUGCAGGUGCUCAACCGCUCCUUCCUCUACGGGGGCAACGCCGCCUUCAUCAGCAUCGCUUUCCCCUCCUGUCACUUUGGGAAGCUGUAUGGCCUGAUCAUGGCCUUGUCAGCGGUGGUGUCUCUGCUGCAGUACCCCUGCUUCGCCCUGGUCAAGAACGUCCUGGGAGGAGACCCCCUAUACGUGAACGUGGGCCUGACCGGGCUUACCCUGACCGCCUUUGUCCACCCCGUCUACGUGCACCUGCACUGUCGCCGCCUGGCUGCCCAGAGGACCAAGAACGCGCGCUCGUCCUAGAACCGCCGGCGCCUCCCUCCGCGACAGGAGCCACGCACCCUCGACCCUGCCCCUCGCCCUCGCCCCCCUUUGCCCGUUAUCAGGUUAUCUCUGAUUGUUUUGAAAAUAAUCAGGAUAUGAUUUGCUGCCUCAGGGGCCAGAUGGAAACCAGAGUGAUGUUUACACGAUGCUGAUUGCUUCCGUUGGCCUUCCAGCCUCCAUCGUAUCUCUCCAUAUGCACUGUACACCGUUUUUCCCUACCCCAAAAUGUUCUUGGAAUAUUUUUCUCCUUAUUAUUUGUCUCCAGGUAUGUCCUUGCAUUCUGUCCAGAUGUUUUUCAGUGUUCCAUUGACAUAGGGAUGACUAUACGCACAGAACACGUGACCGGUAUAUGUGGCCUCGCCUACGUAGCUCAGCUUAGUUACCUACUCCGAAAGGUACUUCCUGAAGUAGGUGUUCUCAGUAGCUCCGAGUCAAACCGGAGGUUUGAACUCUACUGUAUUUAAGUUGAUAUAACAGUAUUAUGUAUAUAUAUAUUAUAUAGCUAUAUAUAUCUAGCUAUGUGAACUAUUUUGUAUACGUACUGUUCAUCUUCACACACCAGUAAGGUUUUUUAGAUAUUCUGGAUGCAGAUCAGAGAAAUACUGUGUUGGCCUCAUUUGCUUGCCGUGGUUUCUACUUGUCUGUUUCCUGUCAUGACAGGCACAUGUAUAACCAAUGUGCCGCCCAGGUCUGCCACCUGCUGGCCAUAGUGUUUACACCUUUCUGGCUGGGUUGUCACCAGUUCAACAGUGGGCCCGAAGAGAAGGUCUUAUCAGAAGGUAGAUUUUAAGGACAGCACGUUUUGUAACAAAAUAUUUCAUGGAAUGGCGAAUAUGUACCGUUUGUAUUGAAACUACGAAUCAUAAAGGGACCAGUUCAGUUACAGUAGGCAUGUGAUACUGCAAACAUGUGAUACUGCAAACAUGUGAUACUGCAAACAUGUGAUACUGUAAACAUGUGAUACUGCAAACAUGUGAUACUGUAAACAUGUGAUACUGUAAACAUGUGAUACUGCAAACAUGUGAUACUGCAAACAUGUGAUACUGCAAACAUGUGAUACUGCAAACAUGCCACAGGGACAAUUGCAUGUGCUUUGUGUAGGCUAUGUCACAAGUGCCAAACUACAUGUAUUUUUUUUUUAACUCACAUUAAAUGUGUACUGCAAAGACAUUAAUAAACUCCAAUUUUUUUGGGUU